AUGCGCUCCUACUUCUCCCUCCCCAAAUCGUUGGAGCCAAGUCCGAUGGCUCCGGGGACCCAGUGUCGCGAGAACUCAUCAGCACCACGGAACAGAACGAGUCUUUUUCCUCGCAGACCCUGGGGUGGGUCUAAUGCCCCCUCAUUUGAGAUGAACAACCGAAAGAGAGAGAAUGUCGGAUUUAUGAAGAGGGCGCCAAUCGCAGAUCCGCAAAGGGUACAGAUUCGAUCGAAGCACGAUCAAUGGAGAGAAAGCCUGAACAAAUUUACCCCAUUGAAAAUUCGUCUGAUCCGAGAGUACACCUUCUCAGGGCUGGGGCAGAAGGAUCACACUGCAUGGCCUGGUUUUGUGGGCCAGACCAUUUUUGAGUGUGUCACAACGACACAUGUCUGGACUCGUGUGCGUGUUCAGGCGGCGGCCUCACUCUGA